CAAAGAGAGGGAAGGCACGGGCGGUUGGACUUUUAAGAUCGCAAGUGGAAGCUGUGAUCACCCUUUCAUUCAUUUGCCCCUCACUCUUCGGGCUGUAACUCCCGUCCCGUCUUCAGGCUUGACAGUCUGCCGUGAUUUCCUUGUGGUGGAUUUUCACUCCGCCAACGAACGAGCACUCCACAUGCACUGCGCCCAACGCCAAAAUACACAAAGUGAGGCCAUCACCGAAUUUACCCCCAACAUAAAACCGACAACCAAUCAUCACGACUUUCACCCAACCUUUCUGCUUUCGAGAUUUUCAUCAUUCCAAACCAUGAAAUGAAGUGUGCAGCUUCCCUCUGAGGUCUCGGUUCUUCUUGCCCUCGAGCUCAAGUGACGGAGUAGAAGAGCCCAGAUCCAGGGUUAGGGCAAUAGUCUAUUCAGUCACACUUCAAGAUGCCGUCAGCCGGAAUAGUCUACGAAGGAGUCCUGGCCAAUCGGACUCCGGAUGGCAACAACAACCAAAACCCCUACGAGGGCACUCUCUUCAACGGACUCAAGUUUUGGAUCUCCCAGAGAGUGCCAGAUCGCAAGUCCUUGGAGGAGUCAGUCAAGGCCAACGGAGGGAAGACCGUACUUCUUGAAAAGCAUGCAGAUAUUCUCAUUGCAGACCAUGUACUCAAAAAUGCCCCUGUCGGCUCUGUAUCUUGGAAGUACAUUACAGAUUCCAUCAGUGAGGGCCAGCUGGCCGACAUAGACCUUUACAGGAUCGAACAUGCCACUGCCCAGGGAGCGCGUCCUGUUGGGUCGACCAUGCCCACCAAGAGCACUCGGACCCCCUAUACACCACAGGACGACAAUAUCCUUAUUCACUGGGUCGUGCAGAAGGAGAGGUCGGGCGCUUAUACUCGCGGCAACAAGAUCUAUAUGGAGCUUGCAGAAAAGUACCCCCGACACACAUGGCAGUCAUGGAGAGAUCGCUUCAGCAAGCGAUACGAUCAUCAACACAGGGAUACUCUGGUCAAACUGCUUCCUCAAGACUAUCAGCCACCACCACCAGCACCACCACCUUCUCAUACCCCAGCACCGGUCUGCAAAAAAGAGAAUGUCAAAGUCGGCACGCCUUCCGUAAAAACAAGCACCGUACACACGCCAGUCCCAGGCCGUUCACAAGCUCAACAAUCUUCGUCUGUUCCCGCAUCUGCCUCUGGCAGAGUCGCCUUUACCGAAGAAGAUGACCAGAUUUUGAUCAGAUAUCUUAAGCAGAUGAACCGGCAAGGAGAAAGUUUACAGGGGAACAUCAUCUACAAGGAGUUCGCGAAGCAAUACCCACAUCACAGUUGGCAGUCUUGGCGAAACAGAUGGGUUGAAACCCUACAGGCUACAACGAACCUGGAAGAAGAUGAUCCUGCCGCCCCUGCCACCCCUGCCGCCCCGAAGCCUACUGAGCCCAGCCUUCCUGAGCCAACUCCAAGAGUCAUCACACGCCCCCAAGUCAAGGCGACGCCUCAGAGCGCUGAUCAAGCCGCGGCUAAGAGGCGACUUUCAGCAGCCCUGAAUAGAGCGCGUCAGGAUGUCCCUACGAAGAGUUCACCCAUGGGCCCUGUAAAAGCUACAGUUACAAGCUCUGCACACAAAAAGUCAUCGCCUCGCUCGACCCCUUCACGGCUCGAAGAGAUCAACAAACGAGCUCGCUUGGUUCAUGAAGAAAAGAAGAAGAUUAAGAGUGCUUCUAUCAUCCAACGAGCGUGGCGAUCCUACCAGGCCCGAAAACAGAUUCCCUGGCGGCAAAGUCUGAUAUUAUUCCAGGCUCUUGCACAAGGGUCUUUGGUACGAUGGGCUUGUGCACCUGCCCUUGAAGAGUCCCAGUCUGAGCAAUUGUAUGAGGAGGCCGAAGUCUAUGGUGACGAUGGAGAGUCCGUUGACCUUGGACAAUCGCUUGAAGAGGGCAUUUCUUCUGAGCCUACACGAACUCCGAGAGAGCAGUUCUACGAAUAUUUCAGCCGAUAUAACGAGGCCCUUGGAACCAAUCCAGUCCCUUGGGUAACAAUUGGAGGUAAAGCUGUGGACAUGUGGGAUCUACGGAGGGCGGUUACGGAACAGGACGUGCCUGCUCAUGCACGAGACUGGCAAGAGAUUGCUGAGCUGUUGGACUUUGACUGGAUUGCUGAGCCAGAUGUUCCCAACCAGCUACAGGCAGCAUUCCAGGAACAUCUUGCCGAAUUCGAAAACUUCUACAAAGAGUAUCAGGAAGCUGAACUUCAUGAGCUUAAUCAAGGGACAGACGAGGACAGCGAGGAAGGGGAAGAGACUGAAGAGGCAGAAAAUGAUGAGAUCGUGGAAGGAGAAGAGGAGGUUGAUGCUGAUGGAGCAGAAAACACUACACUACCUCAAGACCCCAAUACCACCGAGUUCAGGUCCUCUCCACCCAUCAUAGGAGCCCUCAAGUCUUCGGGGGGGUUGAAGAGGAACCUCGAUCAGAUAAUAUCCUCCCCGUUAGCUAACAUGACAAGGAAGCGACUACGAUACGAUGUGGAGGACGAGGUCCCAGAAUCGCCGCCUAAGAGAUGGCAAUUUCCGCUCACACCGAUUCCGGAAGUAACCUCCAGGCCAGAAGAGACUGCCGAUGUCGCCCCAGUCGACGACGAGGAAGACCACGACGACGCUGCUGACGAUAUGCCCAUCUUUGGAGAUGACGGAGACGACUAUGGUGUGGAAGACCACAGGGAUGAUAAUGAAGACGUUUUCACCACCCCGCUACAACAACCCCGACAAACCACGGUGGAAAGGGCUCUUUCACUUCGCCCCUCUUCGGCCUCGAAAUCGCAAAAGGUUACAUCAGCGCAGAAGAAGUCUACUACUCAACCGAGCUCAAAGAACCAAGCACAGUACAUCUCCUCAGAUUCGGACUCGGAUUCAAGUAGCGACGCCUUCGCCACACCCAUCAACCCUCCUCGGCCUCCUCCCGAGCGAAGACGCUCUCCCAUCCCUGACCCUAUCCCUCGCCCUUCCGCAACAGCCCCGGCAGCUCGCAGACAACUUCCCCCAAGAGAUACCGCACCUGCCUCUCGCAGCCCACCACCUCGCUUCCGUAUUCCCCCCGACCCCUUCGCCUCAGACGACGAAGGCGGCAACCAUCACCUUGCCCGACCACGCCAACCACCAUCACAGCCACGACCAUCCUCUCACCCUCAUCCUCCCCGGUCCUCUGCAGCACGAUCUUCCCUCCCAGCCCCCAUCCAUCAACGCCACCCAAAGCAACAUCGACAAUCCACAGCCGCACCAGAAGCUGUACCACCCCACGCAGGCCGCGAUCUAGGCAACGGCAUAGCCUCCGAAGAUCCCUUAGCCAUCAUCAACCGCUACCUCGCCCUCGGCUACAAGAAGCGGCACUGCAUCCGGGGGGUGCACGCCACGACGCACGAUCCGAACGUGGCGGGCAGAGCGAUCGAUGCGCUGGCUAAGGGUAAUGGACUGCCGAAUAAUGUGCCGGGGAUUUGGACGGCGAUUGAUGAUGAGGGGUUGAAGGGGGUUGAUAGGGCUCGUGAGAGGGGGCAGGACAUGGAUGAGAUUGGGAGAAAUGUGAGAGAGGUGGAGGGGAGGUUGUUGGAGAAGCAUGGACGGAAGAGGAUGGAGUUGAGGAGGAAGUUUUUGAGGGCAUGGGAUAUGGCGUAGCGUAGGUAGGAAGUGAGAGGGAGAGGGGGAAGAAGGAUUUGGAGGGAGUUUGGUAUAAGCUAGGUUAUUGGGUGUUAUUGUUGGAUUACUUAGGCUGCUAGGAGUUAUAAGGGGGGUUGAAAUUGUACUGGACUUGGUUAUGUAAGUAGGUACCUACAGGUACCUAAGGUUAUGUGCACGACGAGGUAGCAACUUGGAGAUGUUUCAACGGAGAGGUACUGUAGGCAUUCAACCUCUUCCCAUAAAUUCUAUCUCCCCCUCCCUAGUGUACUUCUACCUAUCGGCAUGUGAGACAUGCUCAAAUGG